AUGCCUGCUGCGGACCCCAUCCUGCCCCUGGAGGAGGUGGCGCUGAUGGACCUGGGCCCGGCCCCCCCCUUACCCAAGGCACCGGAGGACCCCGAGGCCACCCUGCCCUGGGACCGUGCCCCGGGGAGGGCCCGGGCGAGCCCGGAUGGGGGCCGGGAAGGCCCGGAGGAGGCCGGUGCUGGCCCCGAGGUGGCCCCAAUGGUGGUGGUGCCCAUAGACCCCCAUUGCAUCGAGCAGAGCCCCCCCAAGGGCAAGAAGCAGCAGGAGGAAGGCAAAGGGGGGGCUGUGCCCCGCAGCCAGCACCCACUCCUCCUCCCUAUGGGUCCUUCACGCUCCAGGGACCCAUUGGGCUUAGAGGGGCGAGUGGCCAAGCCCAAUGACGGAGCCAGGUGCCCGUGGGCUAAGGACUGCGGUGGUGGGGACCACCUCAAGGCCUUGGCCUCGGUACUGGGGGCUCUGGUGCUGUGCCCCUGUUUUGUCUAUGGGGCUUACGUCUUCCUGCCCUUCGAUGCCCCACUGCUGCCCACCAUCAGCACCCGCUUGGUGUACACCCUACGCUGCGCCGCCUUCGCCACGGUGCCCAUUGUGCUGGGGAUGCUGGUCAGCGGCGUCUCCCGGCUCUGCUCCUGGGCACGGGAGCCCUGUGGGGAGCUGCGGCGCGAGGUGGAGAUCCACAGCACCUUCGUGGGCCAGUCCGCCCACCUCUUUGUGCUUUACUUCUUCAACGUGGCCGUGCUGGCCACCUACCUCCCGCAGGAGCUCCUCAAGCUCAUCCCGCUCCUCACCGGGCUCUUCGCCAUCUCCAGGCUGCUCCAUUGGUUGGCCUUCGCCAUGGGCCGCUCCUUCCGCGUGUUCUCCUUGAGCCUGAGCUUCCUGCCGCUGGUGGCCGUGCUGCUCUGGAACCUCUACAGCAUGCUGGUGCUGGAGCCCCAAAACCUCCUGGCUGUGCCCGAGGCAAAGCCCCCCGAGCAGCCCAAGAGCGCCGGAGCCAAGCUCCGCUACUGGGGAUAA